AUGAGUCUCAAGUUUGCAGUUGUAUCAUUGAAGAGUCAGUUAAGGAAUAGAGCAGAAAUUGGUGGUAGUGAUGAGAAAAAUAAUAGGAAGGGAGGACCUAAAUCGAUAAUAUUACUCACG